AGGUUGCCCGACACAUUCGUCACUUGGAAACAAGCUGCCCAGGCUGGCGCUACAAGACUUACGGAUGCGAGGAAGGAGAAUCCUGACUUCGUGCUUGGUGCAGCCGGAGUCGCAGCUACGGUUGAGCAGAUGAGUGGUCUUCUUACUGCACUUGGAGGAAGUGCUGAGGACGGGAGAGCGAGAAGGGUUUGGAUCAACGCUGCGGGGAAAGAGAUUAACGUGGGCGCCCUGGGUGGAAGACGUGCGAGAUGGUGCUUGAGGCUGCGGCAUUUGGCCCGGUGGCAAGGGCUUUCAGAGAGUAUGCACCUGACGGUGUUUGAUGGCAAACGCUUCAGUAUGGAGAACCUAGGUAGAAGCACUUAUCAGUGA